AUGUCAGAACUACCCGAUUACUACGCUAUACUCGAGGUUGCUCCCGAAAGCGACCAGGAAGCGAUCAAGAGGGCUUACAAGAAAGCCGCACUGAAAUGGCAUCCAGAUCGCGUCGCGGCCGAUUCGGACGAGCGUCCCAAGCGGACGAAAAUGUUCCAAAAGAUCAACGACGCCUAUUACACCCUGUCUGAGCCCACAAGACGGCGAGAAUACGAUGAAGCCAGGCGAUUUCAUGGCACCACCAGUUUUGACGAGUCCGCCGAUGAAGAAAUACCACGACCUCCACCUCAGACCGGAGGGCCGUCUUGGUUCAACAUGUUCGGCUUCGGCCGCCCUGCAGGAGACACACAGGAGGACAAGUUUGCCAAUGAACAGUUCAAGAGCGCGUUCGAGGAGAUGAUGCAGGAGGACAACCUUGCAGAUGACACUCAUACACCCACCAAGCGGUUCUGGACGAUCGCAGGAGGCAUCUCGGGUGGUGUUCUCGGUUUCAUCGUGGGCAACUCUGUCGGGAUGGUCACUGGGGCUGCGGCUGGCAGCAAGAUGGGCGCCAUCCGGGACAAGCAGGGGAAGUCGGUCUACGAGGUGUUCCAGUCGCUCGACCAGGGCCAGAAAGCUCGCAUUCUAAGUGAACUGGCCGCGAAAUUGUUCAGUGGGGCGAUCAGUUGA